UCAAUUUACACCCUGAAUCCCCCAUAUAUAUAAUACUCACAUUAGACAAUGAGGGAGAAGUCAAAGGAGGAGGCAGUGAAGCAUGGGGAGAAGAAGAACAAGCCUUCUUCACCAAAAGGAGUUGGAGAGUUUCUGAAAAAGAAGAAAGGGAGGUUCUAUAUUAUUGGGAAAUGUAUUACUAUGCUUCUUUGUUCGCACAAGUGAUCAUCAAAACACACAUAUUUGUAUACAUAUAUAAUUAUGUUAUCAUGCAUGUGUAUAUAUAUAGAUGAUGAUAGAGGUAUAAAAAGGAGAGAGUUCACACAUAAAUACAUCUUUACCUUUUCCGUAUCUCUCAUUUUACGCGGGUGUGUUGUUGUCGUCGUACAGUAUACAUAUAUUCAUAUCACUAAAUAUUCUUCUUUGUGAACUAUAUAUAUAUAUACAACAUGCAAUACUAUCUCCCAUGGACCAUGGGCCAUGGUUGUAGAAUUUAUAAUGUAUCAACUUUUUUUUAGAGAGACAAAGACAAAGAGGAUGCCUUUUUGAGCA